AUGAUGAUGCUGAAAAUGAAUUAUCGUUGUGGGAAAAUUUUUUUGAUUAUUUUGACGAUUCUAUUAACAACAGUAUGCUGUAAUCCAAAAUAUCAACGAUUUUUUGUGAAUACAAAAGCAAUAAAUUUUGUGGAUGCGACAAAACAUGGCUUUCGUAUAGUAUUGCUUGAUUCUUUUCUAGAAACCUAUUUGGCACCAAUUCAGAUUCCCACUCUUUUUUUAUCCGCUAUACCAUUGAAAUCCGAUGAAAAACCAGCGAUUAAAGUAGUUUACCCGGAUAAUAUUCGUGAAGAUAAACAAGUGAGUAUAUCAGAUCUUCAAGAAAGACAAUGGUACUAUAUUUGUAUUGAAUGGGAGAAUUUCAAUCGACAUAACGAAUCAACUGGAACAGACUGUCGAACAUUACGAACGUUAGAUCGAUUUGGCAAGAAUGCGGAAACAAGUAUUUCAGAUGUUGAAAUAAUUGAUAUAUCGUCUUCAACGAUGCAAUUUCGAAUUCGAUCCUUAGUCGACUUCCAUAUACGAGUGACUGUUUCGUUGAGAGAUGGUAGUGGAUCAUUGCCUCCCGCACAAACUUUUAUUUUUGGUGAGCCAGUCGAUUUAGAUGUAAAUUUCUCCAAUUUGAAACCUGACGCAGAAUAUGGCAAACUUUGCAUUCUUGAAGAACCGCUCACCACAGGAUACACCACGAUGGGCCGUCUUAUAGCAGACAUGAAUAUUGAGAAGUGCUAUUUUAGUAAAUUACGUACAAAAGAUUAUGAAUUAUCGACAUUAGAUAUGGAGGCAAGUCCUUACAAACGAGUUUCAUCAUCAUCUUCAAAUAUUUCACAAAUAUAUUCCUUAAAUAUUUUAAUUAUUUUUGUAACUAUUUUAUUUAUCAGGUAA